AUGUCGUCUGGGCUGGGCACAAGUCCCUCUGUAUGUCCACCCAUCUGUAAAUGUUCUUCUGAUGCAAUUAUUUACUGUGGCAGAGCUGGACUCAGAAGCCUCCCACGAGACAUCAUAGCUUCUACCAUCUCACUGAACCUGUCCAAUAAUUUUCUGCGUAUCUUGGCUGCUGAUGCCUUCGGCAACCUCACCUUCCUGAGUAGCCUCUGGCUGGAUCACAACAAUCUAACUUUCUUGUACCCUGGUGCAUUUAAGUCCCUCAGCAACCUGAGGGCGCUGUACCUCAGCAGGAAUUCCAGGUUGACCUACCUUCAUGCAAACACCUUCGAAGGUCUAGACAACCUCAUCAGCUUGGACUUAUCCCACUGCAACCUCUUUGAGAUCCACCCAUUCAUGUUCUCCCACUUGCCCUCUCUGAAAGUGCUCGACCUGACCGCCAACAACAUGCGCUAUAUCCCGCAAGCUUUCCAAAGCUUGACCAGUCUCACGAGGCUGUCUCUGGAGAAGAAUCACAUUGAAGCCAUUGGUAGAGACUCCUUGAAGUCAAUGAAAGCUCUGGAGGACUUGAACCUCCGCAAGAAUCGAAUCUGGACCAUCCAUUAUGAUGCCUUUCUCCAACUAGACAGGCUCUGUGUGUUAAAUUUAGGGCACAAUCGCCUCUCUGAUUUGCCUAACCAGCUUUUCAGUGGAUUAUCUCAGCUCAAGACUAUACGCCUGGAGGCAAACAGAUUCACUAAGAUCAACUGCUCCUUUUAUGGCUUGCGCAGCCUGAGGAAACUGUACCUGAACAACAAUCACAUUGUGUUCAUUGCGGAUGCUGCUUUCUCACCUUUGAGGGAACUGAGCUUUCUUCAUUUAAACAGAAAUAACCUGACCCAUCUCUCCAGCCGCCUCUUCAUGGAACUACCUAAGCUGAGAUACGUCUUCUUGUCCCACAACCCCUGGGAGUGCGAUUGUGGGAUGUUGUGGUUUGCCACUUGGAUACUGACCUACCAAGGGGUGAUUGAAGGCUUGCACUGUGCCAUCCCUGUGGUACGCAACAGGUCACUCCUUGGCCUCCCUGCUCAAGACAUCUUGGCCAGCUGCUCACCUCCACUGGGGCCAAUAGAGGAUGCCUGCGAUGGUCCCCACACAAAUGAUGUUUCUCCUCCAUCUGCUGCUCCCAAGACACUGCUUUGCUUCCUGCUCACCUUGCAGCUUUGGCUCUCAGCCACUUGGUCCUUAGGUGGUCAAUCAGAUACAGACACAAGUUAA